GAUCCCACUCGCCACUGAGUACCCUGCCCUGCCACUGCUGGUGGCAUCUCUCCGCAACGAAUUGAUACCGGGCAGUCUCUGCAUGCGCCGAAUCAAAUCCCUCUGCUCUCUUGAAACCUGGACUUGUAUCAUACGCGGAUAAUCAGUUUGUACGACCACCCACAAUCAUGCAGGCAACUCUCGACGCCAGUGCACUCAAGCAAAUUACCAGAGCACUCGCCUGCCUCUCCCGGUACGGCGACGAGCUCACGAUCUACGCAACCCCCGACACCUUCGCGCUCUCGACGACGAACCAGUCCCAGUCCGCGUUCUGCCGGUUCAAAUACCGCAGGCAGUUCUUCAGCAGAUACAGCAUCGCGCGGCCCGCCGCGGACCUCGACAUGGACGUCGACGAGGUCGCGCCCGCGACGGGCCAGCUCCAGACGAAGAACCUCCUGUCGAUCCUGAAGCACAAGACGGUGGAGAAGACGGUGGAGAAGUGCGAGCUGGUCAUCUCGGACGGGGACGCGCAGGGCCAGGGGGACGAGGGUGACCGCGAUUCGCUAGAGAGCAGGUUAACGGUGCGCUUGCACUGCAAACACGGUGUGGUCAAGACGCAUAGGCUGCUGCUGCAGACCCCGAAUUCUCUUCUCGCUCCGGCGAUACCCACCGCGCAGUACCAUUCGCGCCUGUCGAUCGGUGCACGCGCCGUGCGAGACGUGAUUGAACACUUCCCGCUGCAGAAGGGGCCGAAGAGCGAUCCUCAGCUUAUCUGGACAUUCAACGACUAUGACGUGCAAGUCAAAGGCAUGGAGACAGUCAUGACCAGCAAGAGUGGCCCGCAGCUCGCAACCGAGCUCACGAUCAGCGCAGAAGAGUUCGACCGGUACGAAGUCUUCGACACGCCGCUCACGCUCUCCUUCCACCUGCGCGAGUUCAACGCCACGAUCGCGUUCGCCGAAGCCUCCACCCUCCCGCUCGACAUCAGCUUCACCGACCCGGCCGCACCGGUGUUCAUCGACCUCUCAGGCGACCUCUCCGAAUCGCUCUCCGUCAUCUCCACCAGCGGCCUCGGCGCACAUGUCGUCCCUGCGCGCCAGCGCGCACGGCCCCGCCCCCGCGCCGCGCCAAAGCGCAAACGCUCCGUGGACGACACGGAACACGAUUCUGCGCAGAGCUCGCGGGAGGCGAGCGUCGUGUCCGACGCCAACUCAGAGCGGAGGAGGCCGAUGAAGGUCGUGCAGACGACGGACAGGGCGUCCGUCGUGCGCGAGCUGGACGGGGGCGCCCCCCGCGCGACGCCGCUCCCGAUGCGCGAGUCGAUGCCCCCACCGUCUAUGAUGCCCCCGCCAUCUAUGAUGCCCCCUCCGUCCCUACCGCCGCCGCUGUCCCUCCGCCCUCAGAGCCGCCCACCAACCGCCCGUCCGCCGACUGCCCGCCCAUCGAGCGCCUCUGCGGCCCGCGCGCGUGAGCCGCUGUUCCUCCCGAGCUCGCAGCCCGAGGAGGCGGAGGACACCGAGCUGCGGAUGCACAUCGACGGCGACGGGGCGGGGGCGGAGCCGGAGCCGCUGUUCCUGCCGGGCACGCAGCUCUCGCAGGCGAUCCGGGACUCGGGGCUCGGGAUCGAGCACAUGACCGCGCACGAGUUCGCGGCGAUGCUCGAGGGCGAGGGGGAGGAGGUCGAGUUUGGGGAGGACCUCGAUUUGGAUUUGGGUGUGGGCGCGGGCGCGGGGAGGGAGGGGAGCUUGGAGAUCUACGACCAGGACGAGAUGGAGGUUGAGGUGGAGAUGGAGCCGACGCAGCCGGGCGGUGGGACGAAGGCGUUCAGACCGUUAUUCGAAGACUGACUUGAGGUUGGGAGAAAGCGGCUAUGGCCUGGGGAGGGGAUCUGUGCGAGGUUCCCGCGUGUCUGUUAGUCUGCACAGGCGGGCGCGCUGGGGGUAGGCAUUCAGGCUUAUCGUAUGCCAUGAUGGGUCCUGAGGCCUGGAGGUGUAUUGCACUCUGGUUCGGGAUACAUACCGGAGACCCGCGUAGGCUAACGUCUCGGCGUGCGGCUUCCCUGCUCGUCGGUUCGACUGAAUGUAAAUGUCUUACAGUCUAUUACGAC